GAUGAAUCGGUAUUUCUCCAUGCGCGGCGGCUUCACCAUGGCUGCCAAACGCAUGCUGGCCGACGCCCCUGCCAGCCGCCUGGGCUUUGCACUCGGCGUGGACGUCCAUCCGAGCACGGUCACGCAGUGGGAGGUGAAGCUGAGGGCGUCGCGCGUCGCAUCCAUGAGGUAUUUCAUCAGGUCAGGAUAUAGCGGCAUCUUCGCAACGCUGUCUCACAGACUCGCCGUUGCUGCCUCGCGCGGGUCCGGGUCUGGCGCCGAGGGGGAUGAGUUCGAGAAUUGUUGGGGCGCCGCCGUUCCAUGUCUCCGCGGAGAUGCCACCAACGCCCAGGUGUGGCAGAAACAAAAGCUGCACGUCACCGAGCUCUCGACCACCUUCAUCCCGGGCCCCAUAUUGGCCAGCAGCACGUAUGCCGAGAUCAUGGGCCCCGCCAGCUCCAGGACGAUCCUCGGUGACUUGCAGGUGGUUCGGAGCGGCAGUGCGACUGGCUACAAGAUGCUGUCCAUGCAGCGGAAGCAGUUGGCAUCCAUCGGACUCGACACCACAGCGGGGUCUCUGCUGCCAGAG